AUGCAAUGGUACAAGGAUGAUGGUAACACGAUUGUUGAGGUGGAGAUCAUGACCGGAAAAGAUGUUGGGGUAUGGGUUCUAAUCCCUAGGAUUCAGCUCACCUCCAUAGAUACCAUGUAUCCUUUCACAAUUCUUCGACCCCAGUAUCCACUACGCCUUUUCUACGCCAUGACAAUUUAUAAGAGUCAAGGACAAAGCCUCAAUCAGGUCGCUCUAUAUCUGCCAAAACUAGUUUUUACUAACGGUCAUCUGUAUGUCGCCCUCUCUCGAGUAACGACCCCAGAGGGUCUAAAGAUAUUGGAUGAAACCUCAGAUUUAGAUGGUGCUGAAGGAGUAACAAACAUUGUCUAUAAAGAGAUGUUUAAGGAUCUCAAGGCCAAAUAG